GCUUUUUGUUUUCCAUAUUACGCCCUUAUCCACUAUUGGAGAAGAGGAAGAAAAUUAUCCGGUGCGAUGAGAUACGGUACACCCGCUCAGAAGUAAAAGAUCGUAUCCGUCAAAUAUUAAAUCCAACGGCUAAUAACAUCUAAAAGUCGUGGUUGUUGACUAUUUUAAAACCGCACUGUUUCAAGUUGAAACUCUCAAGUAGAGAAUUUGAAACAAGGAUUCGCAAGUCACUAUCCGAUACGAUAUUAAUAAUAUACCGUUGCUUCAUUUUUUGUUUCUCCUUUCUCCAUUCGCAAGUCACAAUCGUAACCGCCGUCUAAUCCGUUCGAAAUCAUUUUUCUGAUAAGGUGAUCACAAUGAUUGGAUCGUUUCUGACAAGAGGACUUUUAAUGGUGUUUGGAUACGCAUAUCCUGCUUAUGAGUGUUUCAAAACGGUCGAACUCAACAAGCCUGAGAUUCAACAGCUUCAGUUCUGGUGUCAGUAUUGGAUUAUUGUAGCUGCUUUGACGAUUAUCGAAAGAAUUGGUGAUGCUCUUGUUUCUUGGCUACCAAUGUAUAGCGAGGCGAAGUUGGCAUUCUUCAUUUAUCUCUGGUUCCCAAAGACUAAAGGAACUACAUACGUUUACGAUUCUUUCUUCAGGCCAUAUAUAGCAAAGCAUGAAAAUGAAAUUGACCGCAACUUGAUGAAGGUAAGGACUAGAGCUAGGGAUAUGGCAAUGAUAUAUCUUCAAAAAGCAAUCAACCAAGGACAGACCAAAUUCUUUGAGAUCUUGCAGUAUAUUACAGAACACUCAACACCAAAAUCUAAGUCUGAGGAAAAGAAAGAGACAACUCCACCUAAACUUGUUGAUCCAAUUCUUAAAGUGAAAGAAAAUGAAGUCACUAAAAUGAGAUAGAAUCAUUCGAGAGGAAAACAUUAAGACAGGGAAACUAUUGGGGAAAACACACUGUACUAACUACUAACUAACUAUAUGCAUUAUCAUGUAGCCCUCAAAUGUAAAUUGUUUCGGAGAAAAAAUAUAAAAUGUAAAUUUUACCAAAAAAAUGUACAUUUUAAUCCAUUGAAGUUGUUUGGUAGGAA